UCACUUCAUACAUACUAAAAGUCAGUUGACGUCAGAAGGUCUUGAAAAAAGAGCGAGGAGUGCACAUACGACUGGCAUACGAAUGUAUAUACCUCUAUAUAUUUAUAUGUCGAAUAUGGUGUAGGGAGAAUACAGAGAGCGGGAGAGAGAUCAAGAGAGCACAUUCACAUUCGACUUUCGUUGAUAUUUUGGCUGUAUUGUGUUUUAUUUUGCUGUAGUCAAGCGCACAUGAGUCAGAUUAAUAUUUUGCUUUUGUUCAGUUCAUUUCGAUUCAGAUACUCAAACCGAACUGAAGUCAAAAUCACUAAUGUGCGUACUUACGUGUAAAGCAGUUGAAAAAAAUGUGCAAACAUACUACCAUAUGUAUGUGGUGAAGAGUGCCAGCAUUAAUCGCUAUUUUCCCCUGCACGACGACUAGAAAAUACUCGACUAGUAGUGAAAAACCAAAAGCAAAAUUGAUAUUGUGUAAGUUGUAUCUAGCAUUGAAAAGAUGAAAAGUGUCAUUCCUAUAAAUACACCUCCUCGGGAAGGAAAGUCGCAAUAAUAAAGGCACAAUAAAGGAACCGAACCCCCACUUUGGACGAGCUAAAAAGUAUAGUGCGCAGCCCAUCAUGACUAACUCACCACCCAAAAGGCCAGCCCAUGUACAGAAAAUCGAUAUUCUAGUCGCGCUGUAACGUUGGGUAGCGCCUACCUGAGUAAAACAGACAGGCGAGACAUUAGUAGUAUACCGAAACCUCUUCCGCAAAUGGUCGACAUAUCUGCUAUAGCUAUACAUAUCAUAUAGCCCCGAAAACUACAUAUACCAUCUGUGAUACGCGUGUACCUAAACCUAAACAGUUUCCGAAAUGAACUAACUUUGCUCCGAUCGAGGGUAUCUCUGGGAAACUAACCAUGCGUCUUGUCCGCAGUAAAUGUUGUCAACGUGAUGUAUCUGUAUCCGACUAUCUGAGCACCCCGCGUCCAUCGUCUGAAGUCCACACCAAAAAUAUAUUUACGCGCUACUGGGACGACCACAUAAAAAUGAAGGAGUCUAGCGAAUCCAGGGGCAAGUCCUCCUCAUCAUCAUCAUCAUCACCACCUGCCAAACAAACCCAGAGCGUUACGUUCGUUAGGAGUACGGGGACCAGUAAUGCACCAGCUGUUUGCGACGGGAAUGGAAACGGAAUUGGAAAUUCGACCCAAACCGAAUGGACAUUUCCCCCAAAAGCGCCCACUCCGCAUAUCUACAAUUGCCUGAGUCCCGACAUGAUGGCCUCAAGUGAUAAAAGCAGCUUUAAAGGAUUUCGCAAGCAAUUUAGUGGAAGAUUUAAGCGCUUAGUUACUCGAAAAGUGGAACACACUCCAGUGAUACCUCCAGAAUUGAAGCCGCAACUAAAAACAAUAUACGUUUACUAACUUAAGAUGUAACGACAAUUGCAAGCACAAGUGUUUUCCCCAUUAUAUAGGAACACCCACCACUGUGUGCUUAUAUAUGGCAGGAAACAUUAGUGAUAGGAAAAGCAAGAUAAACUAAGUUAUCAUAAUACCAUUCUGAUUGACAAUUUUAAGUAUUCAGCGAUUCGUGCGUAUUGUUAGGCUCAAUAAAAAGAACAUUUCAUAAGACA